AUGUCGACUAUUAUGAGAACGCUGCGCAACUUGCGCAAGAUUGGCCUCAAGGAAUAUGGCCAUCAGAUGCAGUACAUGGGUGACACCAAGGCUGGAACCCUCAUCGGCCAGGACCGCUACGGCAACAAGUACUAUGAGAACAUGGAGGACCUGCCUCUGAGAACAAGAUGGUGCGACUACAAGGACAAGGAGUUCAACCCUGACCAGAUCGAGCCCGGAUGGCACGCCUGGAUGUCAUACAUGGUCGACAAGGCACCAUCCCAAGACCCCCUUCUCCAGAGACAGGUUCGCCCAUGGGAGCCUGCAGAGCACCGUCCCUGCCUGACCUGGAGCAGAAGUGCUUACAGACCCUUCAACACUACCAAGAACAAGUACCAGCCCUGGACACCAGUCGCUGCUCCCAGAAACUAA